CCAGAUGGUCAUCAGUAUUCACGAGUGAAAAAUCAACUUCUUUGUGCACCUGGAAGAAAUGAUCAUUUCAUUGGGAUCUUAGGUUACCAUUUUCUUUGAUGCUUUUGCAGUCUACUUAAAUAUUUACUCCCUUGUUAUACUAUUUUUUUUGGUAGCGCAAUUGUGAAGCCUUGAUGCUGCUUCAAAAGAAUGGUUUACAGAAGAGAAAUCCUUCCAUUGCUGUUGUGGCUACUCUAUUUGGAGACAAGGAAGAUGUUGCAUGGCUGGAGGAGAAUAAUUUGGUAGAUUGGGCUGAAGGAUUGGAUGAACAAUCAAGGCCUGGAACUUUUGAUGAUUCCCAGCAAAGAACAAUUGCCUUAGGUUUGAAUAAGAAGCGCCCUUUAUUGAUAAUCCAAGGGCCACCUGGUACUGGAAAGACAGGUUUGCUUAAAGAACUUAUAGUACUUGCUGUUCAACAAGGUGAAAGGGUGUUUGUAACUGCACCUACAAAUGCAGCUGUUGACAACAUGGUUGAAAAGCUAUCAAAUAUUGGAUUGGACAUUGUGCGGGUUGGCAAUCCAGCACGCAUAUCUUCAACUGUGGCAUCAAAGUCUUUGGGUGAACUUGUGAAAUCUAAGCUUUCCAAUUUUGUAAUGGAGAUUGAAAGAAAGAAGUCAGAUCUAAGAAAAGACCUUAGACAUUGUCUAAAGGAUGAUUCUUUAGCUGCUGGCAUACGUCAGCUUUUAAAACAAUUGGGAAAGACAGUGAAGAAGAAGGAAAAGGAGACUGUGAAGGAAGUACUAUCUAGUGCUCAAGUAGUGCUUGCCACCAACACUGGAGCAGCUGAUCCAUUGAUACGAAGGCUGGAUACCUUUGACCGGGUUGUUAUAGAUGAAGCUGGUCAGGCAAUUGAACCAUCUUGCUGGAUCCCGGUGUUGCAGGGAAAGCGUUGUAUCCUUGCUGGUGACCAGUGCCAGCUAGCUCCAGUGAUUCUAUCAACAAAAGCCUUGGAAGGUGGACUUGGAGUAUCACUGCUGGAGAGAGCUGCAACGUUGCAUGAUGGAGUUCUUGCCACCAAGUUAACAACACAGUACCGUAUGAAUGAUGCAAUUGCCAGUUGGGCAUCAAAAGAGAUGUAUGGUGGAUCAUUGAAGUCCUCCUCAACUAUCUUUUCUCAUCUUCUUGUAGAUUCUCCAUUUGUUAUGCCCACCUGGAUAACUCAAUGUCCACUGCUGUUGCUUGAUACAAGAAUGCCGUAUGGAAGUUUGUCAGUUCGUUGCAAAGAGCAUUUAGAUCCAGCUGGCACAGGCUCAUUUUACAAUGAAGGGGAAGCUGAUAUUGUUGUGCAACAUGUCUUUUCUUUGAUUUAUGCUGGUGUUAGCCCAGUAGCUAUUGCUAUUCAGUCUCCUUAUGUAGCUCAGGUAAAACUCCUGAGGGACAGACUUGAUGAGCUUCUGGGGGCUGCAGGUAUUGAGGUAGCAACCAUUGAUAGCUUUCAAGGCCGGGAAGCUGAUGCAGUAAUUAUAUCAAUGGUAUGGUUCUUAUUUUAGAUCUUUAGUCACAUUUAUCUGCCAAAUAGUUUAAACAAAUGAACAUUAUUUUGAUGCACUUUCCAGAAACCUUAUACUG